AUACCCUCAAGGUCACAAGCAAAACUACCGGUAGCAGCCGCGGAGUUGGGCAGUUACCCGCUCGGAAGUCGCCGCGACGAGCUGCUGGAUUUUGACUUGCUACCAAAAAUCGAAACGGACCAACCAAGCUGCCGCAAAACCCCUCGUCCGCGGCUUCGCGUCGGCCGCCGACACCGCCGCCGUGCCUCUCGCGCCCACGCCGCCGAUGCGAUCAGCACCGCUAGCCAGAUCCAGGCGCCUGUAGAAGCUUCAGCCGUCGCCGUCCCAUGGGGGACUGCGCCGUCGAGGACGGGCGCGGAAACCCGCACCCGAAGGAAGAGGAGGGGGAGCCGCCGGUGGCAGCCGCGGAGCUCGAUGAGCGGACGAGAGAGCCUCGGGAGGAGGCUAGCGGGCAGCGGAAGAAGGCGGGAGGGAUCCGCAGGGAGCCGUCGUUCUCGCGGUGGUGCAGGGACCCGUCCGCCGCCGCCCCGUCCAAUGGCCUCGACGCUGCGGCAACCAGCGACGGCGACGACUCCGAGGAGUUCGAGCUGCCGCUCCUGCCCUCCGCUGCCGGCGGCGGUGGCAACAGCAGCUUACCGAUGGACAUUGAGGCGGGGCUGGCGGCGAGAUCUGAGGGCCUGUCGAUCUCGCCGUGGUUGGUUGCGAAGGUCAUCGGGUUGAUUGCGAGUUGGUACACGCUGAGCACAUGCUUGACGCUGUACAACAAGGAAAUGCUGGGGAAGCACAUGUGGAAGUUCCCGGCUCCCUUCCUGAUGAACACGGUGCAUUUCACGAUGCAGGCCGUGGCGUCCAGGGCCAUCGUGUGGUUCCAGCGCCCUGGCCUGGAGGGAGGAGCCAGGAAAAUGACGUGGAAGGAUUACAGUUUACGAGUUGUCCCAACAGCUUUGGCUACCGCUCUUGAUAUAAACCUGAGCAACAUUUCACUUGUUUUCAUUACUGUGACAUUUGCAACAAUGUGCAAAUCUGCUGCUCCAAUUUUCAUUCUUCUGUUUGCUUUUAUGUUCAGGCUAGAGAAACCCAGCUUUAGCCUUCUUGGAAUCAUGCUGAUUGUUUCGUUUGGAGUUCUACUAACAGUUGCUAAAGAGACAGAAUUUAAUCUUUGGGGAUUUAUAUUUAUUAUGCUUGCUGCUGUUAUGUCUGGUUUCCGCUGGUCGAUGACCCAGAUUCUUCUCCAGAAAGAGGAAUACGGAUUAAAAAAUCCUUUUACCUUGAUGAGCCAUGUUACCCCAGUGAUGGCAAUAGUAACAGCAAUUAUUUCUAUUGCCAUGGAUCCAUGGCAUGAUUUCCGAGCAAGUCACUUUUUUGAUAGUACUGCUCAUAUAAUAAGGAGCAGCUUAUUGCUGCUUCUAGGUGGUGCUUUGGCCUUUUUUAUGGUUUUGACAGAAUAUGUUCUUGUUUCUGUGACUAGUGCUGUAACAGUGACCGUUGCAGGAAUCGUGAAGGAAGCUGUCACUAUUCUGGUUGCUGUGCUAUUCUUUAAUGACCCAUUUACCUGGUUAAAGGCGCUUGGGCUGGCAAUAAUAAUAUUUGGCGUCAGUCUAUUCAAUUUGUACAAAUGUAAGAGGUUCAAAAAAGGCCACCACAAUAAAGAUGCUGGAACAAAUAUUGAAUCUUCCAAUGGCACUUCAAAAUAUGUUAUCCUUGAUGAUGAUACUGAAGAUCAAGAUGAUACAGGCUGACUCAAUGUGGUAGAAAGCAGACUAUUAUAUGCCUGGUGGUUCCAGAGGAGCAAGAUAAUCUGUACCUGCACAAGGCAUUGAUACAAUCGUCUUACUUUCACAUGCUAACUGAUUUCAUAUUUGUGCUCUAAGAUUGCACGGGACUGUCAUGUAUGGACGUGGCAUUAACAGCCUUGUUGGGAAGACACAUUCAACGUGGAUCCGGUAUCAGUACAAAAGUUUUGGCCUUUCAAGAUAAAAGAAAUGGUGCAUAUAUAUGAGCGAGGAAUUGUGCAGUAUGUCCACGAUACCAACAGUUACAACUCGAAAUACAGCUAUGCACUUUUAGGCCCCGUUCAGUUUCGUGAUUUUGGGUUGAAAAGUUACUGUAGCACAGUUCGUUGUUACUUGACAAAUAAUGUCCAAUCAUGAACUAAUUAAGUUUAAAAGAUUCAUCUCGUGCUAAUCAGUUAGACUGUGUAAUUAGUUAUUUUUUUCAAUUACAUUUAAUGCUCCAUGCAUGUGUUCGAAAAUUCGAUGUAACAGUUACUGUAGCAACUUUUUGGGAAGUGGACGGAGCCUUAGUUUACUGGAAGAGGUGAGAGCUCAA